UGUCACGUAGGUCAUUGCAGUAUGUUCCACACAAAAUUCGGGAGCUGCACUCGGACCAACUAAAGCAGGCUGCUGCAAAAUCAUAAUGGCUGAAAGGGCCCCAAGAAACAUCGAGUCGGAUGAGAUGAAUGAUGAGACAGAUCCGUUUGAGGGAUAUCCAAUACAGAGUCUUCGCGAUGCUGUGCAAAAUCAGUUUCUAGCAAGGGAGGACAAUGUGGAGACUCCCUUUGGUAAAGUCCAUUGCAUCAUGAGGGGCACUCCAAAAGGAAACAGGCCCAUCCUCCUCACCUACCAUGACAUCGGACUGAACCAUAAGACCUGCUUCAAUCCGCUCUUUAACCACGAGGACAUGCACGAGAUCACGCGCCACUUUGCCGUGUGCCAUAUUGAUGCCCCCGGCCAGCAGGAGGGUGCCAGCACCCUAGCCACCGGGUUCACCUACCCGUCUAUGGACCAACUCUCAGAGACCGUCACUCUGGUUCUCAAACACUUUGGGGUGAAGAGCGUGAUUGGGCUGGCCAUUGGGGCUGGAGCCUAUGUCCUUGCACGGUUUGCUCUCAAUCACCCUGACAUGGUGGAGGGUCUUGUGCUGAUUAACAUCAAUGCCCAGGCUGAAGGUUGGAUGGACUGGGCAGCACACAAGAUUACCGGCUGGGCCCACGCACUCCCUGAUAUGGUCAUUUCUCACCUGUUUGGCAAGGAGGAGAUCCAUAACAAUCACGACCUGAUUGGCACCUUCCGUCACCACAUCACAAAUGACAUGAACCAGGCCAACCUUCAGCAGUUCGUUAAGUCCUACAACAGCCGAAGGGAUUUGGAGGUGGAGAGGCCUGUUCCGGGAGGGAACGUUAAUGUGAGGACUCUGAAAUGUCCUGCCCUUCUGGUGGUCGGAGACAGUUCACCCGCUGUUGAUGCUGUGGUGGAUUGCAACUCUAGACUGAACCCAACAAAGACCACCCUGCUUAAGAUGGCUGACUGUGGAGGGCUACCCCAGGUGGAUCAACCGGCUAAACUGAUAGAGGCCAUCAAAUAUUUCAUUCAGGGCAUGGGCUACAUGUCCUCGGCGAGCAUGACUCGCCUAGUUCGCUCCCGCACUGCCUCGGGCUCCAGCAUCAGCUCUCUCGAUGGCAACCGCAGCCGCUCCCAUAGCAACCGUAGCCGCUCGCACACGGCCGAGGAGCAGAGGGGGCGUUCUCACACGGACGUCUCCAUGGAGAGCGCCUCCCACAGUAGUGUAGAUAACACCACCAAAUCCAAUGCAUUAUCCUGCUAAAUUGCUGCUCAAUCCCACCGCACGUGCAGUUACCAGUAUCCACCAAUGACCUGUCCCCACAACUCACCUGACUGUUCUUCACGCUCUAAAACUAGGGAUGCCAACUUUUGACCCACUUAAUCUGAAUAAAUUAUGUCUCAGAUGAAGAGAUUAAAAUUGUUUAGUUGCUAUAUGGGUGUUUAGGGCCAAGAAUAGGCAGAUUACUACUUAGAACUGUAGAGGGAUUUACAGAGAAUUUGGACUUAAUUUCAAGGGUCACGCGAAGGAUGAAAUCUCAUGUAAAAUGCAUGCUGGAAAAGGUGUUUUGUUCAUAUUCACUUCAGUGUUAUUUUCAGUACUCAAAGCUAUCUGUUUGCAUUAACAAACAGUGUAACAUAUUUUGAAUGUAUGAUUCAACAUGGUGAAUGUAUUAUAUUGGAAAAAAAAUGAUAGGGAGGUCAGUGCAUGUUUAAGCUUACUCUAAGAGGGGCCGUGGAUCCGUAAUGGGUUUUGGGAGUUGUUUGGCGUCUUGGACCAGAGUGAGAGUAACCUGUUUUUGAAGUUAUUUGGGAAAAAUUUUUAUACUUUAAGUAUGACGAUAGAUACAACUUAACCCAAAUUUGAGCGUAGCUACUAUAAUACAUAUUUCUGUAGAAUUGCUUUGAUGGUUUUAGGAUAUGGUCAAAUUAGCAAAGCUGCAUUUACUCUAUUAAUAAUAUUCUUUGUUUCAAGGGCACAGUCUAAGAGACAAAAUCAGUUUUUGUACAGUGUUGAUGGGAUAGUUUCAUAAUCAGCGUUUCUGUUCACUUUAAACUAAUAAAACUUAAAUUGAACCAUAA